AUGAAUUUCCCUCCAAUAUAUUCGUUCCCACCUUUAUAUACAAGACAACCAAAUGCUGUAAUUAGAAAUAAGCAAAUUGAUUCAUGGAUUGAUAUAAUAUUAAGUAUAUCAAAACAACAAUCUUUAUGGGAAAUUGAUUCUCAAGGUAAAUUCAUUCAAAGUGAUAUAAAUAUAUUUGAUAAUAAAAAUAUUGAUAGAAUUGUUUCACCUUUAUUUAUUAAAGAAAUUCUACAAAAUAUGAUAAAGAAUCAAAAAUUAAUAUCAAAAGAUGAUGUUGGAAAUUCUUCAUCGUAUUUUAUUUUAUGGAAAAAUUUAGAUUCCUGGGCUUCAUUAAUGUUAGAAUGGUUUGAAACAACUAAUAAAUUAAAUCAAGUGGUUACUAUUUAUGAAUUAACGUCAGGUGAUGAGAGUAUAGAUUGGGAAUUUCAUUCAAUGCCUGAUUCUCUUGUAUCAAAAUGUCUACGUUUAUUAGUUAAAAGAGGUAGGGCAACUAUAUUAAAGGACGAAUUUAAUAAAGAUAUUGCAAUUAAAGUAGUAUGA